UCGAAAGAAACCAUGAGAGACUUUCUUUAUUCUACCAGUCCUCUCUACCCUCUUGGUGGAUUUUGUUUCGUUUCCCUCCAACCUACGAAGCUAAGGCCGCCGCCACAAACCGCAGUCCGCGGAAUGGAGGUCGGAGGGUCAGAUUCCAAUGGCCGCGAGUUUAAGAACGCCGAGGAAAUGUGGAGGGAUCAGGUCGGUGAUCCCAGCAAGAAGACAGAGUGGUACAACCAAGGCGUUGGCUAUUGGGAAGUAUGUACAGCAUCGGUGGAUGGGGUCUUGGGAGGGUAUGGGCAUAUGAAUGAGGCGGAUAUUCGGGGUAGCGAAGCUUUUCUCAAUACCCUCUUGUCUGAAAGAUUCCCCAAUGCUGGCACAGACUCCCACCUCGUUGCUCUUGAUUGUGGUUCUGGCAUUGGGAGAGUUACCAAAAAUCUUCUCAUUAGAUAUUUUAAUGAGGUCGAUCUUCUUGAACCUGUAUCACAUUUCUUAGAGACUGCCCGUGAAAAUUUGGCUCCGGAGAAUCAUACGUUCUCAGAUAUGCACAAAGCCACUAAUUUUUUUUGCAUGCCUCUCCAGGAAUUCACUCCCAAUGCAGGAAGAUAUGAUGUUAUAUGGGUGCAGUGGUGUAUCGGGCAUCUCACAGAUGAUGACUUUGUAACAUUCUUUAAGAGAGCUAAGGCUGGCCUUAAACCCGGUGGCUUUAUCGUCCUGAAAGAGAAUAUAGCAAGAACGGGAUUUGUGCUGGACAAUGAAGAUCGAAGCAUAACGAGGUCUGAUUUAUACUACAAGGAGCUCUUCAGUCAAUGUGGACUGCAUAUUUACAAAAUAAAGGAUCAAAGCGGAUGGCUCAAGGAAUUAUUUGCUGUGAAGAUGUAUGCGUUGAUGACCGAUUUACCAAAGAGGGUUCUUAGGACCAGAUCUAAAGUGCAAGCCAAUAAACCUGGAAUCAUUAAGUGAGGAAAUGUGUCUUGAAUUUCUGAGAUAGCUACAGAAGGAGCUGUGCUUUCCCAUUGUUUGUUGCCCUUCCAUUCAUUCUUGUAAGAUGCCAUCUUUUCUACCUUGUUCAUCUACUCCUUACUUUUGCACAUUUGGCCAGCUUGUAUUCACCUGCAAAUUUUAUACUUUGUUUUGAAACUGCAUAUUGAUGUUUUGUUGUAAAUCUUGAUACCAUACCCAUUGCUUAUAAAACAUAGUUGUUUCCCA